CUUUGCUGACCAUCUAUCCGAAUAUGGGCUUUGAACAAGAAGGUGUGGCAUCAGGAUGAGCCAUCCACCAAGCAAUCUGGAACAAUUCUAGGAAAGCGAGACCGAGAUCAGGAGGCGGAAGAGCAUGAUCUGCAGCGACCAAGAGCAGAGAAGGGCGAGCGUGUGGUGGGAGGCCCAAACACCAUGAAGAGCGCCACCCAUGCGAACAACCCCUUUCAGAGCGAGACAAGCCAUGACGACGACGAUGAUGAGGACGAGGAGGAAGAGGAGGUGGCCACACUUGUCCAGGAGCAGGGCCACCGCCCCCUGAACGUCGUAUUCGACUAUGAAGCGUUCGCCUUUAGCUGCAUCAUCGGAUACUACGACAUCUCGGCCCCAUUCAACGACUAUUAUGAGGAGGCGAUCGCCACGCCAUAUGACCGCGACACCUUCCAAGACUUUCUGGCCACAGCCGGAAUUCUGUUCCUCGGCAAAGAGCCCACUAAUAUGCAGCGCCGGCAUUUUGGCGAGCGCUUUGAGAGGUUGCGCGAGGUCAUGGUCGAGAUGAUCCAGCCCAACAAGGACGACGAACAAGCCAGGGCGGACGAGGAAGAUGGUGCGGUGGCCUUUUGCCAAGCAGCCCGCAAUGUAUGUGCCUUGGUAGUUGGAAGAUCAUGCGGUCGAUACGAUAUACACAUGCUGCGGAGCCUCUGUGUACUUAUCCUGGAUCUAUUUCCUUUUGUGUUAGGUGUUUCGGAAAGCUGAGCGCAAAGGUGGAUGCGAGUAUGCACGCAAGCAGCUCAAGAAACGGAUAGAAGAAGAAGAAGACUCGCCGCUGAAGGAGC